AUGACGCCCAAGGGAUCGCGCAAACGAGCGAGGCCCAGCCCUUCUGGCGCGGACUCACCGUCCCCCGCAUCACCCAGCAACGCUGGCAGAGACAGCUCGGACUCCCAGUCUCAAGGACGUUCAAGUUGGUACCCUGGAUCCUGGUCGACUGCUUCACGAGUGUCCAAGGCGGCUCCAGUUACCGAGGUUGCCCGUGAGAGCAUCUCGGUCGCUCAGAACGUUGCCUCCAGCCUCGCUGAAUCCUCAACCUCCUUCUUUGACUCUGCAAAACGAAACCGAGCGCCCUCUUUUCAACUAAUUAAGAAAGCUGGUGCAUCCACACGUUCGCUCCCUGCCAGCGUGACUACAACUAGAGUCAAUAUUACCUCAGAUGGGUCAGCUUCAACAACAGCCCUAGACAACCUUGAGGAUACACCAGCGACAGAAACACCAGACACAAAUAAGGAGUCACAUUCUCCUAAUCCUGCAAACCCUCAGGAGAAGGCAGCCGAAGGACAACAGCCGACUAUUGACGCCAGUCCGGAUCCCAAUACAUCGCAUGCAGGAAAUGCAGUUGAGCAACCCACGGGAUGGUUUUCGUGGAUUUACCCAACUGGGAUCUCACCGAAAGAAACAGUGAGCGUCUCCGAAUCAACAGAUCAGACUGAGAGACCCACAGACAGUGCCCAGAGUGUAAACAAAGCCGACAUUGAGAUUAAUACAUCAGACUCGGGUGAACAACGGGAACAGCCGGAACAAGAGCAGAAUUAUCGGUCAGCUGAGACAGAUACAACGACUGAUACUACUUCAAUUGCACAGAAACGCUCUUGGUUGCAGAUGUGGUACGGUUCCUCGGCAAGUAAGCAAGAAGAGCAGUCAACAGUAGAAUCGAACAGCCUCCACCCCACAGAAUCAGAUCCAUCCACAACCAAGGACGUGGACAUGUCAUCAAAGAAUCCCGCGGAAGAGGAUGGAGAAGCAGCUGGUCUGCUACAACCUCCGACCGGAACCACAAAAUCUUCAGGAUGGUCAUUCUGGUCAAAAGAUCCACCGAAAGAUGCCACACCUGGAACGCCGCAGGAAGUGGAGGCAGUUGGGGCAUCCAUAGCACAGGAUUGUCCAUCUCAAUCAACGGCGCUUGAGCUUGACCCUGAAGCAAAUGUGAAGAUCACAAAAAAGGGCAGCUUGAAGAUAAAACCGCCUAACGAUAGUCGUUUGAAGGAUGGGGCUGUAUCUACAAUCGAGGCGACAUCCAUCUUCACACCGCCCGUAGAGUCCCGACCCAUGGAUUCCAAUGCUUCGAAGCAAUUGCAAAACAUUCUGCCAAACCAAGUACUACCUCGUUUUGAAGAAACCUACAGCCUGGAAGAAUCGCCUUCUCUUUUCCAGUCACUUGGCCGAUUUCUACACUACAGCAAAGGCCCCGAGCACAACCAUGUGUCUCGUGUUAAAGAACCCCUUCGGAUCAAACGUUCAUUGGCCAUUGGUGUCCAUGGCUAUUUCCCUGCCCCGCUAAUCCGGAGCGUACUUGGGCAACCUACAGGGACAUCCAUUCGAUUUUCCAACAUGGCAGCAGAAUCAAUUCGGAAAUGGACCGCAGACCAUGGAUACUCAUGUGAAGUUGAAAAGAUCGCAUUAGAGGGCGAAGGUCGCAUUACAGAGCGGGUGGACUUGUUAUGGAAAUUGCUCUUGAAUUGGAUGGAGGAGAUUCGGAAAGCCGAUUUCAUCAUGGUUGCAUGUCACAGCCAGGGUGUACCAGUAUCGAUUAUGCUCGUCGCAAAGCUGAUAUCUUUCGGGUGUGUGAAUGCUUCUCGGGUAGGCAUAUGCGCUAUGGCCGGUGUGAAUAUGGGCCCCUUUUCCUCUUAUCGAUCUCGCUGGAUAAGUGGUUCUGCCGGUGAACUGUUUGACUUUGAACAGCCUUCUAGCAAAGUAUCCAAGGACUAUGAAGCUGCAUUGCGAUGUGCACUUGACUUUGGGGUGCGAAUCUCUUAUGUUGGAAGCAUUGACGAUCAACUCGUCUCUCUAGAGUCUUCGUUGUUUUCCCCAAUUGCUCAUCCAUACAUUUACCGGUCCGUUUUUGUGGAUGGCAGGGUGCAUGCACCAAGCUUUGUCUCUCACCUUGUCGGCUUCGCCCUGAAACUCCGAAACCUUGGCAUUCCAGAUCACGGUCUGAUCCGCGAACUGAGUACCCCCCUUGCUGGCAGUCUUUAUACCGGCGAUGGUCAUUCUCGCUUAUACGACGACGAAGCCGUAUACUACAUGGCCAUUCAGUUUGCAUUGGAAACAUCCACAGCCCCAGAUGCCACACUGAAAAUCAAGCGGUCCAACCCUUCUACAGCCUCAAAUCCGUACAUCCUCCCGUUUGCGAUGCGCGGCCUUCUCGAAGAAGAGCACGUGCGUCGUGAGAUGCAGGAGGAGACGAUGGAACUUUUACGUCAGUUUGAUGACUGGAAGCCGUCGAGCAAGGUUUUGAAAGAUGUUAAAUUUAGGCUGGAGGGUAUUCGUUCGAAGCUGUAG